AUGGAUACCGAUUUAAAAUUGUCCCACAGAAAAAGCAGGGCUCCGUGGCAGAACAAUAACAGGAAUGUCUACAAUACCAAUUCCAAUAGCAAUAAUAACAGUAACAACAUUAAUAACAAUAAUAGCAAUAGCAAUUCCAUUGGUAAUCAGACCAUUGGUAAUCAGAUUGCUGCAAAUAACACAAACAAUAAGAAUUAUACAUCUAAAAGUAAUGCUAGCAAAGUCUCUGGCUAUUCUGAUUCUGAUUACCAGCCUGUCAAUGCCAACGCCGCCGCCAGAAAACACACCAGAAGACUCAGUAUCCAUGCAUCCGCUGUAGCCCACGCACACGGCAAGUCGUUUUCGCAGGCUGCCCCACCAGCGUUGGAUUUACUUAACUUGCCUCCACUCCCCAAGAUAAGCACGUCUGACUCCAGAAUGGCUGACAAGCCAGAAGAAGACGAGUUCAAUGUAGAAAAGAAAAUCUCGACCGAUUUGGCGAACGGAUCCGCUGCAGAUAUCGACGACUACUACAAGUUGUUGCAGAAACAGAAGGCACUUGUGAUUAGAGAUAUCAAACAGAACAUCAACCAGAAUCAGAAGAACAUUCUCCAGCUUACAGACGACUUGAAAGAUACGCAAGAUGAGCUUUUGCAAUUGAGAGUUCUUACGAGAGAUCUCUACGAAGUUCUAGAUUAUUUCAAAGAUACAGCCCAAAGACGGUUAGAUUUGGAAUUGGAACCUCAGCUGAACCAAAACCAGGCUAUCCAGUCAACUUCUACGAUCUCACUUAAAUUGCCGCCCAAAAAACGGGACAGAUCAUCAAUCUUGGUCCUUGAAAAGAUCUGGGCCAAUGAACUCCAAUCACUUUUCAAACACGUAGAAGGUGCUUCCAAGUAUGUCCAGGCACUACCAGGUAGACAUGUGCUCGCAGAAAGUGGCCGGUGGCAGGAAGUCAAUGUAGGAACAUGGAAGCCCAACAAUUUGGCGCACUUGUUUGUACUCAACGACUUACUUUUGAUUGCUGGAAAGAAGGCAUUGCAAGACGGAGGAGGCAGCAAGUCUCGACUCCAGGCUGUCCAAUGCUGGCCAUUGAACCAAGUACUUCUCACAGAGAUCCAUGCGCCCAAUACGCUUCACAAACAGGACGAUACGAAGGUGUAUCUCAUCAACAUCAAGUCUAAGACAUUGAGCUAUGUUUACCAGACAGAUAGAUAUGAUCAUUUCUUGAAAAUAACAGAAGCAUACAAUAAGGGCAGAAAUGAAUUGCUCCAGAAAGACCGGCUCAAAAACGCCGGCAGAACGUCUGGAAUAGAUUUUGGGGAUUCGAAAGAAGAAAAACGGCAAUUACGCGAAUCGCUUAGAAACUCGGGGGUCUAUUCUGAAAGUUUGGACGAUCUCUCCGGGAAAAGGUUGAGUGGAUCCAAGAGAAACAGUGCCGAAGUCUUAUUGCAAGACAUUUCUGCUCGAGUUCACUCGAGAAACAGAUCACAUGACUUUGGCACAACUUAUGCCAACAUGAAGAACAAGAGCCACUUCUUCAAUGAAGUUAAAUCUCUAGAAUCCCGUUUAGACGAUAUUGAUGUAGAGUUGGCCCACAACCAGUACGCAGCAGCAGUCGGUUUGAUAGCACACAUAGAAGGAAAACUACGUGGCAUUGAGAAUGCGCUUAUCAUGAACGAAUCUCCAGACAACGACAUCAGCGAUGAGUUGCUUCUUAUUGAUGUCACAAGAUUAAAGUUGAGUAAUAGAAAGGAAAGCGUUCAGAAGUCGUUGAUUUUCGACUUACAGUACGACAUUGCCAAGUUGACGGACGAAAAAAUCGAAAACAUUGUCACCUGGUUCGAGAGUUUGGACCAACUUGAUAAAGGUGUAGAGUCGUACCUCGCUGCUAUGUCGAACCACUUGUCAGAAACUGUCUCUCGUUUGAUUGUAGGAGUUCAGGGCUCUACUAAGAUUGACGUGGUCAACUAUCUUUCCACUUUGGUGGUGAUCCACAUAUCGAUUAUCAAACGGGCAGUUCUUGUAUACAACAAGAAGAUCAGCCCCAUCUUGAAGAAACACAAGGAUGGCAAUGUAGACUCGAGUAGUUUGAUCAACUGGUGUGUAGAAGAGAUCACCAAAUUGGUUGCUGAAGUUAAAAAACAUCUUUACGGUACGCUUCUCACCACAAAAGGAGUGGACCCUGAAACUGACAAACAGGUCUAUAAGGUCAAAGACAGAAAAUUGUACCACGACUUACAGCAGGUGAUUAUACCACAACUUGCCGAACUUAAGAACGUUGGCGUGAAUGUAGACUUUAUCUUUGAAGAUAUUCUUUCUGCACAAGACAGAGAAUAG